AUGAUUCACGACCGAGAAAAGGAGAGGAAAGAAUUUAUGAAGCGUCAUGGUCUUUUGGAUGAUGAUGCUCAUCAUGAUCAUCAAUCCACUAGCAAUAUUUUGAAAAUUUCAUCAACAUCCGAAUAUCAAAGUGAUAUGCAAUUAUUAAAAAAACAUUAUCAAUUUAUUCGAUCAUCAUCGGAAGCGAGCAGUAGUGAACAAACUGUCGGCAGCGACGAUACUGAGGAAGCAUAUGGUGAAAAUUUAGCCAAAGAAUACGAGAGUAAAUUAUUUAGAGAUUAUGCAGUUGCCGAUUUGAGUAAAUACAAGGAAGGCAAACUCGGAUUGCGAUGGAGGAAUGAAAAAGAAGUUCUUGAAGGAAAAGGAAACACUGUUUGUGGAAAUGUUGCAUGCAGUGCCACCAACGAGCUGGAGAGCUCUCUUCUCAAUUUUUCAUAUCGAGAACACAACACACCGAAACAAUGUUUGGUCAAGGUGUGCUUCUGUCCUUCAUGCUAUAAAAAAUUAAAAAAACUUCGCAAGAAACGAAAAAAAGCAGAAAAGAAGUUGCAGAAAGAGGAGCACAAAAAGAAUCUCAGGAAGGAAUUGAAGCUGUUGACGAAAAUUUAUGAAAAAGAAAAGAAAGCACAAGAGAAGGCCAAUGACUACAAAUAG